AUGGAUCCAUUUCUUUUAGUCGCAGCCCCGAGGGACGGCGGCACACCACCAAGCAGUCACGACACACCUCCAUGCAGCCGCAAAGGGACGGCUGCACUCCGCCACAAAGGUAUUUCGGUGCUCUGCCGCAGAGCAGCCCUGAGAGACAGCACUCCGCCACUCAACAGCGAAGGCAGGGCGGCGCUCCGCCACGCAGCCCCGAAGGGACGGCGGGGCUCCACCACGCAGCUGCAGGGGAUGGCAGCACACAGUGAUGUUGCCCAGAAGGAGAGCGGCGGCACACCGCCACGCAGCCCCGAGGGAUGGCGGCACACCGCCACGCAGACCCGAGGGACGGCGGGAGCCCCGAGGGACGGCGGCAGCCCCGAGGGAUGGCGGCACACCGCCACGCAGACCCGAGGGACGGCGGGAGCCCCGAGGGACGGAGGCACGACCGCCACGCAGACCCGAGGGACGGCGGCAGCACCGAGGGACGGCGGCAGCCCCGAGGGACGGAGGCACGACCGCCACGCAGACCCGAGGGACGGCGGCAGCCCCGAGGGACGGCGGCAGCCCCGAGGGACGGCGGCAGCCCCGAGGGACGGAGGCACGACCGCCACGCAGACCCGAGGGACGGCGGCAGCCCCGAGGGACGGCGGCAGCCCCGAGGGAUGGCGGCACACCGCCACGCAGACCCGAGGGACGGCGGCAGCCCCGAGGGACGGCGGCAGCCCCGAGGGAUGGCGGCACACCGCCACGCAGACCCGAGGGACGGCGGGAGCCCCGAGGGACGGCGGCAGCCCCGAGGGACGGAGGCACGACCGCCACGCAGACCCGAGGGACGGCGGCAGCCCCGAGGGACGGCGGCAGCCCCGAGGGAUGGCGGCACACCGCCACGCAGACCCGAGGGACGGCGGGAGCCCCGAGGGAUGGCGGCACACCGCCACGCAGACCCGAGGGACGGCGGGAGCCCCGAGGGGCGGCGGCAGCCCCGAGGGACGGAGGCACGACCGCCACGCAGACCCGAGGGACGGCGGCAGCCCCGAGGGACGGCGGCAGCCCCGAGGGACGGCGGCAGCCCCGAGGGACGGAGGCACGACCGCCACGCAGACCCGAGGGACGGCGGCAGCCCCGAGGGACGGCGGCAGCCCCGAGGGAUGGCGGCACACCGCCACGCAGACCCGAGGGACGGCGGCAGCCCCGAGGGACGGCGGCAGCCCCGAGGGACGGAGGCACGACCGCCACGCAGACCCGAGGGACGGCGGCAGCCCCGAGGGAUGGCGGCACACCGCCACGCAGACCCGAGGGACGGCGGCAGCCCCGAGGGACGGAGCCCCGAGGGACGGCGGCAGCCCCGAGGGACGGCGGCAGCCCCGAGGGACGGCGGCAGCCCCGAGGGACGGAGGCACGACCGCCACGCAGACCCGAGGGACGGCGGCAGCCCCGAGGGACGGCGGCAGCCCCGAGGGAUGGCGGCACACCGCCACGCAGACCCGAGGGACGGCGGCAGCCCCGAGGGACGGCGGCAGCCCCGAGGGACGGAGGCACGACCGCCACGCAGACCCGAGGGACGGCGGCAGCCCCGAGGGAUGGCGGCACACCGCCACGCAGACCCGAGGGACGGCGGCAGCCCCGAGGGACGGAGGCACGACCGCCACGCAGACCCGAGGGACGGCGGCAGCCCCGAGGGACGGCGGCAGCCCCGAGGGACGGCGGCAGCCCCGAGGGACGGCGGCAGCCCCGAGGGACGGCGGCAGCCCCGAGGGACGGCGGCAGCCCCGAGGGACGGCGGCAGCCCCGAGGGACGGAGGCACGACCGCCACGCAGACCCGAGGGACGGCGGCAGCCCCGAGGGACGGCGGCAGCCCCGAGGGAUGGCGGCACACCGCCACGCAGACCCGAGGGACGGCGGAAGCCCCGAGGGACGGCGGCAGCCCCGAGGGAUGGCGGCACACCGCCACGCAGACCCGAGGGACGGCGGGAGCCCCGAGGGACGGCGGCAGCCCCGAGGGACGGAGGCACGACCGCCACGGAGCCCCGAGGGACGGCGGCAGCCCCGAGGGACGGAGGCACGACCGCCACGCAGACCCGAGGGACGGAGGCACGACCGCCACGCAGACCCGAGGGACGGCGGCAGCCCCGAGGGACGGCGGCAGCCCCGAGGGAUGGCGGCACACCGCCACGCAGACCCGAGGGACGGCGGGAGCCCCGAGGGACGGCGGCAGCCCCGAGGGAUGGCGGCACACCGCCACGCAGACCCGAGGGACGGCGGGAGCCCCGAGGGACGGCGGCAGCCCCGAGGGACGGAGGCACGACCGCCACGCAGACCCGAGGGACGGCGGCAGCCCCGAGGGACGGCGGCAGCCCCGAGGGACGGCGGCAGCCCCGAGGGACGGAGGCACGACCGCCACGCAGACCCGAGGGACGGCGGCAGCCCCGAGGGACGGCGGCAGCCCCGAGGGAUGGCGGCACACCGCCACGCAGACCCGAGGGACGGCGGCAGCCCCGAGGGACGGCGGCAGCCCCGAGGGACGGAGGCACGACCGCCACGCAGACCCAAGGGACGGCGGCAGCCCCGAGGGAUGGCGGCACACCGCCACGCAGACCCGAGGGACGGCGGCAGCCCCGAGGGACGGAGGCACGACCGCCACGCAGACCCAAGGGACGGCGGCAGCCCCGAGGGAUGGCGGCACACCGCCACGCAGACCCGAGGGACGGCGGCAGCCCCGAGGGACGGCGGCAGCCCCGAGGGACGGAGGCACGACCGCCACGCAGACCCGAGGGACGGCGGCAGCCCCGAGGGACGGCGGGAGCCCCGAGGGACGGCGGCAGCCCCGAGGGACGGAGGCACGACCGCCACGCAGACCCGAGGGACGGCGGCAGCCCCGAGGGACGGCGGCAGCCCCGAGGGACGGCGGCAGCCCCGAGGGACGGAGGCACGACCGCCACGCAGACCCGAGGGACGGCGGCAGCCCCGAGGGACGGCGGCAGCCCCGAGGGAUGGCGGCACACCGCCACGCAGACCCGAGGGACGGCGGCAGCCCCGAGGGACGGCGGCAGCCCCGAGGGACGGAGGCACGACCGCCACGCAGACCCAAGGGAUGGCGGCACACAUUGUUGUAG